AUGCUGACCGGAGCUGUUCUUGGCCCUGAAGCUAUCCAAACAUCACCCAAUAAGCAAGUUUCCGAGGAACUGGACAGAAUUACUAUGAGGCUUCGACUCGAUAUCGGCUGUUUUGUUCUCAUUUACUUUCGGACAACCUACAGCCGCGUUGUUAUUGGGACGCGUAGAGCGCGUAACCUAAAAAUGUCCGGAAAAGACGCCAAGGACCAAAAGAAUAUAAAGACCUUAAUAUCCGUCCUAAAUGAGAAAGUUGAGGAUGUGAAAGCAAAAUUAACACUUCUCGAGGGUGACAGGAAAGCGUACUAUGAAAGCGCUUUGCAAGCACUAACGGACGGAAAGAAAAAAAUCGUCGAGAUGAGACUUGAAAAUAACACUCUAAGAACCGUUCUUCGGGACAAACUGGCUGUAAUAUUUUCUUUUUGCUGA